AUGUGUGAUAGAUUUAAAAUUAAACUUCAACAAACAACACAUGCAUUUGGUGUGUUAGCCUAUAAUCAUCGAUUGCUUAUUGAUAAUACAACCGAAGAUGAUUUAUUUGCUUUAUUAAAACGAUAUGAUGAACAAAGACAAAUUGUUAAACAACUUGAAAAUCAAUUAAAAAGUGUUACAUUAAAAACAAAAUCACAGAGUCAACAAAUUCAAGAUCAACGACAACGUCGUCUUAAUUCAGCAAAUCGAGCUGCUAGAUUAGUAAGUAGAAAUGCUGUCAUCGUAUUAAAACUUUAA